UGGUCAAAUGUCGCAAUUUUUCUGUACCUAUAAUCAGUAAUCACAAUUCACAAACAAAGUUGAACAAAGUCAUUGAAGCUAGAAAUGGCUGAACUAUUAGCCGUCCCGUUUAAAAAAUCUUCCGACGUAGACAUCGUCAAACCAUUAAAAAAUUUAAUUCAAAAUACGUAUAGUCAAAGUACAGAAGACUUUAGCGAUGCGAUCAACGAGUUAAGCCGCCUGCGAACCGCAGCUAUUUGGAAAGUGUUCGAGAAGUCCACUCUGGAUGAUCUUUACAGCUACUAUGACCAACUCGUAUCACUGGAGAGUAAGAUUCCCCCGCAGGAGGUGCAGAUUCCGUUUAAAUGGAAGGAUGCCUUCGACAAAGGAUCAAUAUUUGGCGGUCGAAUGAGUCUCACUAUAAGCUAUUUAGCUUAUGAACGAAUGUGCAUCCUGUUCAACAUAGCAGCCAUGCAGAGUGCUAUAGCUGCUCAGCAGCCUCUGGACACUGAAGAAUCACUCAAACUAGCAGCUAAACUACUGCAGCAAUCGGCUGGUAUAUUUGCAUAUCUGAAAGGGAACAUAAUGUUGGCGGUGCACCAGGAGACUACUCCCGACCUCAACCCGGACACUCUGAAUGCUCUGUCACAACUGAUGCUGGCUCAGGCUCAGGAAGUCAUCGCUUACAAAUGUAUUAGAGAUGAAAUGAAAGAUAGCAUGGUUGCAAAGGUGUGUGCGCAGUGCGAGGAGCUAUUCACGGACGCCCUGCGCUCCAUGCAGAAGGAUGCGCUCAAAAAUCUGUGGGAGAGAGAUUGGCUAUCCACAAUAAGCGCGAAGCAGGCCACGUUCCGCGGGCUGACGCAGUACCACCAGGCGCAGGUGUGCCGCGCCAACAAGAGCGUGGGCGAGGAGAUCGCGCGGCUGCAGCUGGCGGGCGAGCUGCUGCGCGCGGCGCCGGGCGGCGCGGGCGGCGGCCGCGUGGGCGAGCUGGCGGCGCGCGCCGGGCGCCAGCUGGCCGCCGCCGCGCGCGACAACGACUUCAUCUACCACGAGCGCGUGCCCGAGGCGGCCGCGCUGGAGCCCGUGCCGCGCGCGCCCGUCGCCAAGCCGCUGCCGCCGCAGCCGCGCUGGGGCGCCGCCCCAGACCUGUGGGAGGCGCUGCUGCCGGCGGUGGUGCACGCGGCGCUGGCGGCCAGCGACGCGCGCCGCGCUGAGCUCGUCGGCGCCGAGAUCAACAAGCUGCGCGACGCCACGCAGCUGCUCAACAGCAUAAUGGCGUCGCUGAACCUGCCGGCGUGCAUCGAGAGCCCGAGCGGCGGCGGGCUGCCCGAGUCCAUCCGCAGCAAGGCGCGCGCCGUGCGCGAGGCGGGCGGGCUGGCCGCGCUGCAGCAGCUCAUGGCCGACCUGCCCGACCUGCUGCAGCGCAACCGCGACAUACUCAACGAGGCGGAGCGCAUGCUGCGCGAGGAGGAGCAGGCGGACGCAGCGCUGCGCACACAGUUCGGGGCCCGCUGGGCGCGCACCGCCUCGCCGCAGCUCACGGAGGCGUUCCGCGCCAACAGCGCCAAGUACGCGCAGAUCAUCGACAACGCCGUGCGCGCCGACGCCAUCGUGCAGCAGAAAUUCCAGCAGCACAAGGAGAGCAUCGAGCUGCUGAGCCGCAGCGAGGGCGAGAUCGACGCGGACGUGCCGGACGCGCCGGCGCCGCGCGGGGCGGACGGCGACGCGCUGCGGGCCCUGCGCGCGCUCGUGGCCGACGUGGAGGCGCUCAAGGCGCAGCGCGACGAGCUGGAGGCGGCGCUCAAGGACGCCACGCUGGACCUGCGCGAGCGCUUCCUGGCCGCGCUGGCCGCCGACGGCGCGCUGGACGAGCCCGCGCUGUCGGCCGCCGCGCUGGGCGCCGCGCUGGCCCCGCUGCAGCGCCGCGCCGCCGCGUCGCUGGCCGCGCAGGAGCGCCUGGCGGCCGAGCUGCAGGCGGCGCACGCGCGCCUCAUGGCGACGCGCGGCGGCGCCAGCGGCCGGGACGCCGCGCUCGGCAAGCUGUGCGCGGCGCACGACGCCUACCAGGACCUCACCGGCAACCUGCAAGAGGGCGUCAAGUUCUACAACGACCUCACGCAGCUGCUGGUGGCGUUCCAGAACAAAGUGUCGGACUUCUGCUUCGCGCGCAAGACGGAGAAGGAGGAGCUGCUGAAGGACCUGACGCAGGAGGCGUCGCGCGGCACCGCCCGCCCCGCGCCCAGCCCGCCGCAGCACCACGUCGACGCCGCCAACGAGCCGGCGGUGGUGAAGAAGGAGGCGCCCCCUCGGCCGCCGCCCCCCAGCGCGGGCUCCGCCCCCGCGGCCACGUCCUCUGCGCUGCCCUACCCCGCGCAACCACAAGGCAUGCCGCUGCCGUACGGCGCGGCGCCGUACGCCGUGUACGCGCCCGUGCCCGCGAUGUACAACCCGUACGCCACGCUGCCGUACCCGCACCACGUGCGCCCGCAGCAGCCCUACCAGCCCUACCAGUACCCGCCGCCGCCCGCCGGCUACCCGCAGCCGCCGCCCGCCGGCUACAACCCCUACCCGCCGGCGCCGCAGUAACACCUCCCCACACACCCCCACCCCCCACACACACACACCACACACAAGAAUAAUAUAAUAUAAUGCAAAGGUCUUUGAAAAAGUAAUUCUUUAUAUUUUUUGUACUAUGUGAAUCCGAUACUAUAAACGGGAAUUUAUUGUAUUCUUCCCAAAGAUCAUAAUAUAUUAUUUGUAGAAAGCGAAUAACGAAACUUAUUUUUUAUAACUCUGUCAAGAAUUAGAUAUAAGUUGCAUUUCAUAAGGUUCUAAUAUGAUAGUGUAUGUUCAUUAUUAACUUCAUAAUAUAACAAACAAGUUAUCAAGGCUUCGAAGGCUAGCUAUAAGUAAGCUACGAGCCUUCGAAAAGUUUAAAAAUUAUGAGUGUGUAAAAUUUACUAUUUUUUCAACCAACUUUGAUACAAAGGUAGACUGUACAACUUAGAGAAUAUUUACAUUCUAUCUAAUUUUUUUUCGAAAUAAAUAAAAGUGUCUAUUCACAAACAAUAUUUCAGUAUUUCUACCUGAUUAUAUUAAUUCUGCUAACAUGCUGUAAUAAAUUCGAUAGAGUUGUAUGGUCUGCCAACGACAGGUGACUAACUCACGGUAUGGAGUGAGAGGAAACAAGGAAUGGUGCGAUUGUAUACAGGUGUUGGAUAUUAUUAAUGCAUUUCUAUGUUUAGGCUCAAGUGACUCAACAUGUAACAUUCUAAUAUUUUAUUAGACUUUGAAAUUAUUAUUAUAAGAGUUGUGAUUGUUGAAUAUUCAAAUUAUUAUUAUUAGAUAUUAUAUCCUUCAAUGUUACUAAAUUAAUUUUUACUGUAUGUACUAUGUAGUAGACAUCAAUAUGCUUGUGAAUAAUGUGUACUAAUUCAUCUGAUCUGCUGUAGGUGGAACUUUGUAGGCUGUAGGCUGUAGGUGCUAUGUGCGCGGUUACAAUGCAUUAGUUCCAAAUAUUUAUUUUAAUGAAUUUACCAAACUAUAUUUCUCAUGGCUGGGAAAUGUUUCAUUGAAUGUUAAUUUUAAUUCAUUGGUACUUUGAUAAGUUGAUAAUUAUAUUUUUAUCUAAA